GGCUUUGCCUUCUUCUCCUUCUGCUUCUCUUUAAGUCCCGCCCACUCCGUUCGUGGCUUCGCAUCGCGUCGGCAAAUUCGCUCGGGGAUUCGCUAAGAAGGGCUGUUGCCAAGGCGACAAGUCGGUGCGGAGCCCGGCCUCGCUAGUGUCGAGGGAGCUGCCGACGGUUCGGAGGUGGGAUGAGGCAGCCAAGGAAAGGAGGCUCCGGUGGUGGAGGAGGAGGAGGCCCUCGACGCUCCCUGGGCGGCCAAGAGUUCAGCAGAUCCAUGUAAGGAUGGCAGCUUUUCUCCAUUUGCUACUAUAUUAUUUCUGGAUAGAGUGGUUAUAAUAUUGAAAGAAGACUGAUGACUUAAGCAACUACUAUGACAGUUUACUAGUCGUAUAACAGCACCAUUCUGAAAAAAGAAACACUCAAGACUUUUGAGCAUUUGGCUACCUUACUUUUUACAAAAUGAAUCGUUAUACAACUCUGAAGCAACUUGGGGACGGAACCUAUGGCAGUGUUCUGAUGGGGAAGAGUAAUGAAUCAGGGGAGCUGGUGGCCAUCAAAAGAAUGAAGAGAAAGUUCUAUUCUUGGGAUGAAUGUAUGAAUCUGAGGGAAGUUAAGUCUCUGAAAAAACUUAAUCAUGCCAAUGUAAUAAAGCUGAAAGAAGUUAUUCGAGAAAAUGACCAUCUGUAUUUUGUGUUUGAAUAUAUGAAGGAAAAUCUGUAUCAGCUAAUGAAAGACAGAAAUAAAUUGUUUCCCGAGUCUGUCAUCAGGAACAUUAUGUAUCAAAUAUUACAAGGGUUAGCUUUUAUCCAUAAACACGGAUUUUUUCAUCGAGAUAUGAAACCUGAAAACCUUCUUUGUAUGGGUCCAGAACUUGUUAAAAUUGCUGAUUUUGGAUUGGCUAGAGAACUAAGAUCUCAGCCUCCAUACACAGAUUAUGUUUCUACCAGAUGGUAUCGCGCACCCGAAGUUUUAUUGAGAUCUUCUGUUUAUAGUUCCCCUAUUGACAUUUGGGCUGUUGGUAGCAUAAUGGCUGAACUAUAUACACUCAGACCACUUUUUCCAGGAACAAGUGAAGUUGAUGAAAUUUUCAAAAUUUGCCAGGUGUUAGGAACACCAAAGAAGAGUGAUUGGCCAGAAGGUUAUCAGCUUGCUGCUGCAAUGAAUUUUCGAUUCCCUCAGUGUGUUUCAAUAAAUCUAAAGACUCUCAUUCCAAAUGCCAGCAGUGAGGCACUGUUUCUCAUGAAUGAAAUGUUAAACUGGGAUCCAAAGAAACGACCUACAGCAAGUCAGGCAUUGAAGUUUCCUUACUUUCAAGUGGGCCAGGUUUUAGGACCACCUCCACAACGCAUCAAUCAGAAACAGCCAUAUCCCAAGUUAACAGAACGAAAACCAUCUCUGCCCAAACUUGAACAUAUAUCAAAAUUAGAAGCUGUAUCUGUGCCAGAAUCUCAGUCUUCGCUAGAUGCAACUGAUAAGCUACAGUGUCUAUCCAAGAAUAACCAACAUCCCCUCCAGUCAAUCCAGCUGCCUCAGAAUGCAGUGAAUCAGCAACCAUCAGUACAGCAACAGCCUCAGUCAUUCCUUCCAGCCAUCAGUAAAAACUCAAUAUCAAAACACAUAGCCAUAGGACCCUCAAAUGGGACAAUGAGUAUGAAAAACAAUCGACGCCGUUGGGGUCAAACUAUGUUAAAGGCAAUGGAUAGUUGGGAUGAUUUUGAUGAUACAGAAUUUGGAAUUUCUUAUUUUAAGAAGCCUAGCAUUGUGGUGUUAAAUGAAAAGAAAACAAAAGAAUCGCUUUUUAGCGUUCCUGAGUCUAAGUCUCCUACCUCUGGCAGGUCAGGAGAAAACAAAGCUCUGAAGAGAAACGACUCUGGAAUGUCAACUACUUCGGCAAAACAGUACUAUUUGAAACAAUCAAGAUAUGUUCCUGGUGUAAAUCCUAAGAAUGUUUCCUCAGGAGCGGUCAUUAAAGAAAGAAUCCAUGGUACUUACAACAAUCCUUUGUUUUCAAAAUCAAUAGCACCAAUUGGAGGUGUUGCUUUCAAUCAAGUCAAUGCAGAAGAAAACUUAAUUAAACCAAUUGAAAAACUCUCAUGCAAAGAAAGAGUGAAUGAAAAAUUAGAGGAUCUCAAAGGAAAUGCUGGCUUUAUUGGUGCUGCUUACAAUGCUCCUGGAGGAUAUAUCCCUUCAUUUCACAAAAAAGAGGUUGGUUCAGCAGGUCAGAGGAUACAGUUGGCACCUCUUGGUCCAUCAGUUACAGAAUAUGCUUGGAAAACCAAAGCUUCUCGUGCCCAAUUGCCAGGGCCCACUUACAGCCCCGCCACAAAAGGCAUGAACAUUUUAACUCACCCACCACCAGCGCAACCUGUGCAUGGAAGAACUGACUGGGUAGCCAAGUAUGGAGGGCAUCGGUAGAAGUACUUUCCUGCCUCACAUUUGCAUACCAUGACUAUUGAUAUCCUUUAUUUCUUUGCCUCCGGGACACUUUAAAGCAUAUUGCUACUAAUAGAAUAACAAUUCUGGAAACAUAUGAGAGCCUGUAGUUUAUUAUCUCUUAAGGGGAAAAUAUAGAAAAUAAAUACAUUUAUUUAGAAAAUAUUCUUCAAAAAUAGUGCCUCUGAGGCAGCCUUUUUUGUUUUGCUUACAUUACGAGGUAGUCUCUGUAAAGUUACCUUGCCAAAACUAAAAAUUUGUGUAUUCUUACUGAAAUGAACAGAAAUUGCUUUGCAAUCCCUUUGAUCAUUUCUUCUGAAAAACUGUCAAAAAUACGAAGGCAUGUAAAAGAUAUUAGCCAUUGGACAAUCAUGGCUAAUUUAAAUAGGGCAAUAAUUAUAAAAAUAAAGAGUGACUUUCAAGAUAUGGUACUUCUGUAACACUGAGUUGAGCAAUAAAAGCAAAAAAUUAGUAAGAGAUGACUUUUCUACUGUAUUGCCCAACUAUCAUCAGAGAAACUAAAGCUGAAUUAAUUUGCCUUUGAUUUGGGUUGACUUAUACCUUAAUUGGUUGAUUUAUAUCUUUAUUUAUUAAAUUGCAGAGAAUGAAGACAUAGUCACUGAGCCAACUAUUACUAGUAUUGUAAAAAAGUGGUGUACCCCUAAGGUUCAGUUCUAUUUUAGAUUUUGCAGGAAUAGGAUUACUCUUGUGUAUGAUUCCUGUGAAUGUACACAUGAAGGUGUUAAACCAUUUUCCUUUGAUCUGUGAACAACUUGUCUCUGGUUAUGACUAUGGAACUUCUAGGCGGGAAGAAAGAUAAAUCAUCUGUGCUAUGCAUUGGUCCCGAUUCCAAGAGUUUACAGGCUAUCCUAUAUUGCAUAGAUAUAGUUAUAUACAUAUAUCAACUGUUACUGUUGAGAGGGAAACUUUUAUUUGCAGAAAUGUUUGGAAAAUAGAAACUUAAUGCAUCUGUGGAGCCAUUUGCUUGAGGUGAAAAUUUUCUAGGGCACUAUAUGCAGAUUUGGCCUUGCAACUGGGAAAUGAGUGAAUGAUAAUUCAGGAAGGCUCCUUCCCUGGGAAGAAUGCCAGAUAGCAUUAUUUAACCAAAAAUAAGCAUUUAAAUAAUUAUUACUUCUGACUCUCUAAGAAGGCAUUCUGGCAGUAUUUCAGAAAUAAUUUCCUGGUCUGAGUAACUUUGUAACUUUGCUUUUUCUCUUAAUUUUUUUAGUUGAAUUUGAUCACAGAAUUAGUCAACUUAACUGUAGUGCCUUCACUUGGUAACCAGAGCUGAAUAACUCCAGAAUUCUCUUUUAAUUCCUAAAGGAAUUGCUUAAAAUCUGGUAAUAACUGCCAGAAUUUAUUCUUCAAACCUAAUUCUGUAGAAUAGCAUUGAUAGCAUUAUCUGGCCUAAAGACAUAUUUUGAAUGUCAUAAGUACACGAUGGCCCAAAAUGUAUGUGAUAUUUCAAGUUCAUGUUUUUAGUGAUUUCUUUAAUAUAUAAGAACUCUUGCUUUCUCUAACAGAAGUCACUCUUAAAACUAUGCUUUUCCAAAUGCUAAAUAUAUUUGUUAUAUUGAAAUUGACAAUCUAGACUUGUUAAAAUAGCACAUAUUAUAUAUUAUUAUUCAAUUGUAAAAUGUUAUUUGCAUACUGAAAAUUAUUUUGUAUGUAUUUUAUUUUUAAAAAUUGUACACUAUUGUUGCAGAGGACAUAUUUGAUUUGAAUUAAGACUUAAGGUAGAAUGCACGUAAAUAUGCUGUCUCAAUUUCAGAAGGAUUUGCUGCUAAGUGUAUUUACAUAAUGAAACCUUGAAUUAAUAAUAUAAAGGCCAAUUACUGAAUAA